AUGCGCGCCGAACAGUUCCUCAAGGUAGCAAAUGACUGGGGUAUUGAAAACAAGAUAUCCACCAUUGGCACAGACAGCGCAGCAAACAUGCUGGCUGCUAUGAGAGCACUUCCAUAUGAGCACAUCGCCUGCAAUGCUCACAUUCUCCAGAGGACCAUCACGGUAUGUCUCGAUAGCAGUGGUUUUGUCGGUGUACUGGCAAAGUGCCGCAAGAUUGUUGGUCAUUUUAAACAAAGCCCUGCGAGUACCACAGAACUUAACCAACAACAAGUAGCACUCGGAAAGAAGAGCGAUCAACUUAUACAGGAUGUACCCACCAGGUGGAACUCGACUCUCGCAAUGGUCUCACGCCUCCUAUGUAACCGAGAGGCUGUCCAGGCUACGUUGGACCAACAGAACCACAGGUUGGUCUUGCCAACCGAAGCUGAGUGGGCGAAACUGCAGAGGCUGGAGCUCCUGCUUGAACCAUGCAAGUAUGUGACAGAGCUGCUGGGUGGUGAGGCCUCACGUCUCUUGCUCUGUAGUGCUGCCUGCUUUUCGCCAUCUGUACCGUGUCAUGGACAUUACUGA